UUUAUUCACAUUCUUAUUAUUCUUGUAUCAAACUAAAUUGAGACUAAAUAUUUUGGCAUGUCAUUUUUUCUCCAACCGGAAGUUAAUUGUGGUAGCCAUUUCUGCUAGACCCAGCUGAUCACUUUAGCUCUGUCUUUGCGGAUAAAAGAAGUCACAAUCAUGCUGAGUUCUCGCCUUGCUGCUGGAAUCAAAGAGGUUCCAAAGGUACUGAAACGGAAUGUUGGAAUCCUAGCUCCAGCCCUUCAAAAAGCCAGCGAUCCGAUUCAACAACUUUUUGUGGAUAAAGUUCGAGAAUACAGAUCUAAGUCUGCUGGUAGUAACAAACUCGUUGAUGCCUCACCUGAAAUUCUGAAAGAAUUAGAAGCAGAAUUAGAGAAGGCAGCUAAGCAGUACGGUGGUGGCCCAGGGGUGAACAUGACAGAAUUCCCAAAAUUCCAAUUCGAAGAACCCAAAGUUGACCCCAUCAACUUGCAGAAGUAAAUGCAUCUAUGCACAAUAUCGAAAUACUGUAGAUAAUGUAAUUCCCAUACUGUUCACGUUGUUAUAUCAAAAUAGAAAAAUGAUAUGUUUCGUAAAUAUAAUGCGUGCUAAGUAUUAUCUGUUGUCACUCAAGGGAGUUGCUGGGAAUAAUGGCUCAUAAGAAUGAUGUUGAAAACGCGAUUGAUUUAAUAAAAUAUUAUACAUAAA